GUUUAUCAACUACAAGGAAUUAUAGAAAAUUUAUAAGAAUGGAUUUCGAUAGGGUUUUGGACAAGUGUGGGAGUUUUGGGCGUUUUCAAUUUGUUAUAUUGAUUCUAUACGGUUAUACAAAUGUUUUGAGCUCUUUGCACUACUUUUCCCAAACGCUCGUGACUUUUACCCCAGAACAUUGGUGUUCACAUGAUGACUUACGGGAAUUGAGUGUAGCAGAAGUUCGUUCUAUUUAUGCAAACAUAACCCAUUCUUCUUGCACGGUUCUGAGCGAAGUCGUAAAUGGUUCUGGCAUUGCAGCCGACGAAGGAAUCUGCAGUGAUUGGAUAUUUGACUAUGAAAGUGACUACAAAAGCAUCACAACUGAAUUGAAAUGGGUGUGCGAUCAAGCUCAUUUGCCAGCUGUGGGUCAGUCGUUCUUCUUCAUGGGUUGUGUGGUGGGUACGAUAUCAUUUGGUUUCCUCUCGGAUCACAUUGGACGAUUGCCCACCCUUCUGAUGUCAACAUUGUCCGGAGCUCUGGGAGAUUUCCUGACAUCGUUUGUGAAUUCGUUGCCUGGAUUUGCGGCAUGCAGAUUUGUCUCAGGUCUUUCAACAGAUACCAUGUACUAUUUGAUGUAUAUUUUGGUCUUCGAGUACCUUAGUCCCAAGCGCCGCACCUUUGGUCUUAACAUCAUACUUGCUGUCUUCUAUUGCUUUGGUCUAAUGACUUCACCAUGGGCUGCCAUUUGGAUUGGCAAUUGGCGUCAGUAUCUAUGGUUAGCUUCUCUGCCAGCACUUGGUGUCCUAGCGUAUCCUUUGUUGAUCUGUGAAAGUGCCCAGUGGCUGUUGACCAAGAAGAAAUACGAUCGGGCCGUAGACUGCCUCAAGAAGGUCGCCAAGUUCAAUGGUCGCAAAGUGGAAGAUUCGGUUUUCGAUGAGUUCGUUAAACAUUAUCGCGAGAAGAUGAACGAGGAGGAGAAGAUAACCAAGCAAGUGGACACAUUCAUGGGCAUGUUCCGGACACCACGUUUACGUCGCUUCACACUGACUUUGCUGUUAAAAUCGGUGAUAAUUACUCUAUCCUACGAUGUGAUCAAUAGGAAUAUGGAGGGUCUGGGUACAUCACCAUUCAAACUCUUCUCUUUCACCUCGUGUGUAUAUUUGCCCGCCGGAUUCAUAAUUCUCCUUCUCCAGAAUCGCAUUGGACGCAAGGGAAUGGCUUGUGGGGCACUCUUUGUGGGUGCCAUUAUAACCACAGUCACUGGCUUCCUAAUUGCCUUCCUAAAUCCAAAUGAGAAUGCUCUGCUACUGGCCAUAAUGGUGGGAUUGGGUCGUUUUGGCACCACUGUUUCCUAUGAUGCGGAGAUACAAUAUGCCGCCGAAAUUAUACCAACCAGUGUUCGAGGGAGAGCCGUGUCCAAUAUCCAUGUGGUGGGAUUGGCCUCCAGUUCGUUGUCAUUCUAUGUGAUCUAUAUGGCCCAGUUCUAUAAGCCCUUGCCUUCGAUCUUCAUCAGUUGCCUGAUGUUCUUUGGUUCCGGUUUGUGUCUGACAUUGCCGGAAACCCUACAUAAAAAAUUACCUGAAAAUUUAGCCGAUGGUGAACGGUUCGCAAUGAAUGAAAGUUGCUUCUAUUUCCCAUGCUUUCACAAGCGUCGCGAGAGCUUGACCCAAACGGCGGAUUAUAAGUCUGAAUUUUAACUGAGCAACCGAAAAACUGAUUACCCUUUGGAAUACUUUCACAACCUGAAGAUGAGCUUAACUUGAAGUUGGUUCUAUCUGCAACUAAAUGGUCUGAUACGCGUUACUAAUGUAAAGAAUACAUAGUAAUUAUCCACGUAACCGUUAUAACACUCUUUUAUAUACUACUAUUAUAAUAUAUGUAUACAUAUAUAUUUAAACAGAACUGGUAAUAAUGUAAACUAAAAAGGUA